UUUGAGCUCUUAAGUAUCCUCUCAAACCCUAGAUAACCACAACCGCCGAACGAUAAGUUCGUCCCACGAAAGGAGAGGAGAGGAGAGGAGAGGAGAGGAGAAAAAUGAAGGCAGGUGGAGUCGAAGCCGGAGAGGUAGCAAAAGCUUCCGCCGCAAGGUACGGCAUCAACAAAGGAGUGGCGGUCCUUGAUUUUAUUCUGAGGAUACUCGCAUUCGUGUGUACCCUCGGGAGCGCCAUAGCCAUGGGGACGACCAAUGAGACGCUCCCUUUCUUCACUCAAUUCAUCAGAUUCCGCGCUAGAUAUGACGACCUCCCAACUUUCACGUUUUUCGUGGUCGCUAAUUCUGUCGUGAGCGCCUACCUCGUCCUCUCACUCCCACUCUCUGUUUUCCACAUAAUGAGGAGUGCUGCACAAAAUAGCAGAAUCGUCUUGGUCAUCUUCGACACGGCGAUGUUGGCGCUGUUGACGGCGGGAGCUUCAGCCUCGGCAGCCAUCGUGUACUUGGCCCACAAAGGGAACACCAAGGCUAACUGGUUCUCCAUCUGCCAGCAGUUCAAUUCUUUCUGCGAGCGCAUCUCGGGCUCUCUGAUCGGGUCAUUCGGCGGAGUCGUCCUGUUCGUGGUCCUGAUCCUGCUGUCCGCCAUCGCGCUGUCUCGACGUUGAGCGGGAGCUUCCUGAUGCUGCUAUAUAUUAUGUCUCUCAUGUCUGAAUGCGUAUCUUUUAUUCUAAAGCGCGAAAGUGUGUGAUUGUUUUCUUUGCUCCUGUUCAAGAGCUUGUGUUGUGUGUGGCAGUAAUUUAAUGCAAUUGUUCUCUCUC